AUGGAUGCUCCGCGUUGUGAUUGGUGUGCCGCUGUGUUUCAGGUGGAAAUUGGGAAGGUACAAUGAAAUCUGCCAUAACGGACACCUAUAUUAUAAUGGACAAAAUAAUAAGGCAGAAAGUUAGGUUAGGAUAGGUAGGUGUUUAAAAUUUAAAUAUAUUUCAAACCCGUCAUUAACGGACACUUUCUAGACGCGAACAGUAAUAUUUUUCCCCGUUGGCUUAAUAACGGACAACGACUUUAGGCAGGUACAGUAAAACGCAGUAAACCAACGACCAGUAAUUUAUUUAUGCCGCUAAGAACGAUUAAUGUUUAUUGCGUGGUAUGCAUAAAAUAUUAUAUACUAUAAUUAUUCUAUAUUAACCAGAAAACGUUACUUCGCUCUGCUCAUUCCGAGUCCGUUGUUUUUUCUUUACAGCGGCACCUCCUGUACUGCGCAAAUCGUUCGAUUAAUAGCAAACAGUGAAAAUUAAUCGGUGCAAAGACCUUAAUAAUUGAUUAUCUAUUUUGUAAACUCGAUAAAAAAAAAAAAAAAAUGUCCAUCACAAAGUAAAGAAAAUCGAGUGAAUUAUUUGACUAUAAAAACACUAAAACCUAUCUAGAACAACCACAGGCCCGCGAAUCGGGCAAGCGAGUUACUGAACGAAUCACGGUGGGCCCCCAAAAAUUAUUGGACCGCUAUGAAUGGCAAAGCCGUUAUUUUAAUUGCAAUAAAAUACGAAUAAAAAUAAAUUAGUAGGAAUAAUAAAUAAAACGAAUUAUUAAUAAACCGCGCAAUAGUCGUAGUCGGACAACGAGUACUACUGUUGUUUGUAUAAUUGUUAGAUUAGCUAUUAGUAAAAACAUACGGGCAGUGGCGUUUUGGAGGGCACACGCGGGUAUACGACGCGUACCCGUGAACCAUCAUGGUGAUUUAGCGUGUGCUUUAUAAAAGUAACACCAAUAUUAACCACGUAUACGCUCGUAUACCUACUACAUAAAUAGAAAGAAAAAAAACACACUAUCAACAAUGAAGAGAAUUAUAAACAUGAAGGGUAAAUCCAUAGGGCACACGUUUAUUUUUAGAAAAUUUGUUAUUGGUAGGUUAAUAUUGCUUAAUAAUAACACUGGUAAUUGGUUAUUAUUUAUAGCUAUCGAUUAUCGUCUGGCCGUAUUCAUUAGGUACCAAAUUAUAAUAUCUACAGGUGGCCAUUGGACGUUUCUAUACGAGAAUAUUCCAGAUAGUAUGGCGAGCGCUAUUCCGAGUGCUGACUUCCUGCGGUGUUGCUCGUCUUCCAUUAUUAUUUAUUUUACAUUUUGUUUCUUAUAAUUUUUUUUUUUUUUUUAUCUGUGGCUUGUGAAGUGAAGUGUUAAGUGUUUACAAUAUGGAUUCUACACACACACGAAAAAAAAAAAACACUUUAUUUUCUUAUUUUUCUACAAAUAUAAAAUAAAAAAAUCCGUUUAGAAAAUGUUGAGAUAAGUAACUAUAAAAACUAAUUAGGUAAUACAUUUUAAAUUGUCUUUAUUUUAUUAAUUCGUUUACUUGUGCGCUAUUUAGGUGGCGUCUAACGAAGUAGAAGCUCAAUUAUUGUCAUCUAUUUCGUAAAUAAGGGUAUAAGGUAUAUUGUUUUCUUUUUCUAUUAUUUGUUAUUAUUUUGUUUAUAAUAUAAAAACAUAAUGACGUAUUCAUAAAAUUGUUAUUAUAUUUGUUUACUUCAUAUACAUUUUUUUUUCACAUUUAUAUAAAAAUUAUAUUCUUUUUUAUCAAUUGUUUUGCAUUAUUAUUUUUCUAUUUAAAGAUAUAUUUUCUAUUUUUUUUCAAAUAGGUAGGUAUACAUUUUUAUAGAAAAAUGCAUUUUAAAUUUUGUUUUUUACAAUAUAGGUACCUAUUGCUCUAUAACAAAAUGUAAAAACUCCUAGUACUAUACAAUGCUUAGGUAGUUCAUAUAGGUACAUAUAGUUGCAUAUUUGAGACUUAAUAAAAUUAAAAUUACAUUUUUAGUUAUUUUUCUCAUACUUAAUGAGCAAAAAGUAAUUUAAAAAUAAUUAUUUGUUUUAAUUUUAAAAAUGAAUGCAGUAAAGGGUUAAAACCGUUCAGUAGAAUUUAAGUUAAUAGAAAACACUUCACGUUUCAAUUAUUAUUUAUUUCAGUCAAAGUAGUACCUACUGUACUAACCUAAUUUGUAUAUUAUACUACACAUACAAAUUAGAAACCGUAAUUUUAAUAUUUUCUUUUUCAUGAUUAUUAAUUGUGGUAAUUUAUUAAAAGUUACAACUAUCGUCAAAUAAUUUGAAUUAAUUUAUUUUUAAUAAAUAUAUUAAUUAAUUUUUAAUUAAAAAUUAUAUCGGUGCAAAAUAUCUCUUAUUCAAGAUACUGGAAAUUCUGAAUGGUACCUGAUUUAACUAUAUACUUAAAUGGUUUUAUUUGAUGUAUGUAAAUGAAAAUCUGUUUUCCUAGCCAUCUUCUCCAUAUAUUAAAUUAGACAAUGUUGAGUCUUCUGAAGCUGACUGUCAGGAUUUACUGUGGCCAUCUGAGUGGACAUCAGUGCAGUGGACAGAAAAAAAAGAAAAAUUUAAAGGACUUUACUGUGCUGAUGGAAAAAUUGGAUGUGAUAUAUGCAGAAAAGUGAGUAAAUUAAAAACCUCUCAAAAGAUUGAAAUAUCUCAAGAAUGGGCAACAUGUGAAAUUGGUGGAGGAACAAAUACUAACAAGAAAACUCGCCUCACUGUUUUAAGAAAUAAACUUAAAAAACAUUUUGAAUCCAACGCACACAAAUCUGCUGUUCAAAUAUUAGACAAUAAAGACAAGAAUAUAUUGUCCAAGCUUAUGGAUGAAAAGGAUUACCAGAUAAACAAAGCUACACAUUCUAUUUUCUGCAUUGCUUAUUAUAUAGCCAAAUAUAACCGUCCAUUUGAUGAUCAUUUAAAACUAGUGCAAUUACAGGAACUAAAUGGUAUAAAAUUAGGGUUUACCCUCCAUUCUAGAUACUCAUCUACUAAUAUUCUUCAGUAUAUUUCUAAAGAAAUGAAACACAAAAUUAUUAAAAAUAUUAUUGACACAAAUGCAAAAUGUUCCAUACUAAUUGAUGAAUCAACUACACUCAGUGAUUUAUGUAGCAUGGUUGCUUAUUUAAAAGUAUCAAUAUCGAAUAAUGAACCUCUCUUUAUAUUUUUAGACUUGGUUGAAUUAAAAAAUGAAAUUGCCAAAAAAUAUUGUAAGUCAAUUAAUUAACUACUUACAUACAUCAGGGCUUGAUGAAAACUAUUUACAACAACAUUGGGUGUCCUUUGUAAGCGACGGAGCAAGCAUUUUGUUGGGUAAAAAUAAUGGUGUUGCUAAAAAACUCAAGGAUAAGUACCCACUUAUAUUUAGUUGGCACUGCAUGAAUCAUCGUCUUGAAUUAGCAAUUAAUGAUUCACUCACAAGAUGAAAACGCUACAAAUCACUUCAAAUGUUUUAUAGACUCACUUUAUGUUCUAUAUAAUGCAUCCCCUAAAAAUCAAACUGAAUUAAAGAGAAAUUUUUCAUGAUUUGGAUGUUUUGUUUUUAAAAAUUGGUCGGGUUCUUAGCGUUCGUUGGGUUGCUAGUAGUUAGAGCAGUAAAUGUUGUAUUGAAAAUAUUUCCUGCACUUUAUAAGCAUUUGUAUACUGCAUCCAAUGAUUCCAAUAGAGAUUCUAAAACUAAGAAUAAAUACCUAGGACUCCUUAAAAAAUUAGCUAGCCCUGAAUUUGUUAAUGAUUUAGCUAUUAUGUGUGAUGUUCUUCAGGAAUUAUCCAACUUAUCAAUUGAACUUCAAAGUCGCACUAUUACAUUGAUGCAAUUUGAACAAUCUAUAAAGAGAUGUAUAAGGGUUAUAAUUUCUUUUAAAACUAAUAAUGGUGAUUAUAUGCACCAAGCUGUAGUUGCAAUAAAAGAUAUGAAGUUCAAAAAUAUUGAUUUAACUUCAAAUAAAAAAAUGAUAAGCAUAAAUAAAAAUCAGUUUUUGACAAGCAUUGAAAAUAACUUAAAAUCAAGACUUCUUGACAAUGACGGUGAAAAUAAAAUUAUUUUGAAACAUAUUUUAGUGUUGGAAAAAUCAACUUGGCCUGAGGACCCAGAUAUUCGAUAUGGAGAAGAUAAUAUUAAAUACUUGUAA